AUGUCUGCUACUACUGUCACAGAUAUUACUGGUACUGGUACUGGUACUGGUACUGGCACUACCGGUAGUGCCAGUACCGCUACGGCCAUACCGCUUCCGCCUACGUCUACUAUUCAAACCUCCGACGAGCCGCCACGUACGCUGUGGAUGGGAGACCUUGACCCCUCCUAUGACGAGGAGACGAUACAGGAGAUAUGGAGCCACCUCGGCAAGCACGUCACCGUGAAACUGAUCAGAGCAAAGAAAAACCUGCUGAUCCCAUGCAGCUCUACUUCAGACCCCGCGCCUGUGCCAGCUGCAUCUGUGCCAUCCGGGCAGAACGGCGCACAACCACCACAGGAAGACACCAGGGACUCGCCUUCUAACACUACAGGAUCGGCGUCUAACACCCCGGCCUCUGACAGUGGCAUUCAAACCAGCGAGGGCGAACAGUCCACCCAACAGCCCUUGAAGAUUAACAUCAACGGUGUCUCCUUCAUAGACCCGGCAACCACGCAGCUGCACCACGCGGGCUACUGCUUCGUGGAGUUCGAGUCGCAGAAAGACGCGCAAGAGGGCCUGGCUUUGAACUCUACACCACUGCCUAACUUCGUCUCCACUACCACUGGCCAGGACAUCAACCCCACGGGACAAAGAACAUUUCGGCUGAAUUGGGCAUCCGGCGCCACACUACAGAGCUCCAUACCAACUACGCCCGAGUACUCUUUGUUCGUCGGUGACUUGUCGCCAACAGCAACUGAGGCAGACCUGCUGUCACUCUUCCAAACUAAGUUCAAGUCCGUGAAGACAGUGAGAGUAAUGACAGACCCCAUCACUGGCGCAUCGCGUUGCUUUGGUUUUGUGAGGUUCGGCAACGAGGAAGAAAGAAGAAGAGCACUAAUAGAGAUGAACGGCGUUCAUUUCCAAGGAAGAACUCUGAGAGUCGCCUACGCAACUCCAAGGUCAACCACCGUCAUGCACACCCAAGGUAAUAACCCACACGAUCACCACGUUGAUGUGAGAAAUACCAUUUCAAAAGCUGAACUCGAGAAGAGCAACUUGUCUCAAUAUCUCAUGAACGCCUCAAAUAACUCUCAAAGAGCUAACCAAUUGAGAUCAGCUAAUAAAAUGCAUAAUUACCCAAAUGCAUCAGGGUUUCAGCAAACACAUUACAGUAACGACAUAAACUCCGGAAACGGUUUACAAAGAGGUCCUCCACAAAGAUCAUAUAAUCCAGGACAGCUACAUUAUAACUCUUAUAAUCAACCGGAGGUGAACUACGGAACAGAUAUGAGUGGAGGAUAUCCACCUAAUAGAGCUGACCUGGGCAGGAAAGAUGGCAUGAUCAACACUUCUUUUGUCAACACCCAGGUAUCUGAAGCUGCAUUAAACGACUUCUUUGCUACUGAUCCUACAAACACAACAGUAUUUGUAGGCGGUUUGGGACCUACUGUCCAAGAACAACAAUUAAGAAAAAUCUUCCAACCAUUUGGUAAUAUCUUAAGUAUCAAGAUUCCACCAGGAAAAAACUGCGGAUUUGUAAAAUUUGAACACAAGAUAGAUGCUGAAGCAGCUAUUCAGGGAUUACAAGGUUUUGUUUUAGUUGAAAACCCUAUUAGAUUGUCUUGGGGCAGGAACCAUGUAGCUAAAAACAUGAUAAAUAAAUUGCCACCCCAAUAUGUGAGCUCGGGAAAUCAAAGGCAAGAAUUAAGACCCCAAUAUCAAGACCCAUCUACAAUGUUAGCCAAUAAUAAUAUCAAUAACCAGGCAUACACCUAUCAGCAUGAACAAUUCUACCCAAGUCAACAACAAAUAAUAUACGGUAAAACAAAUGAUUUUGCUACCAAACCAGAUUCUCUCCCUUUAUUGACUGAGGUUCAUCAGCAAGGCAUUCAGGGCCAACCAUAUAAUCAAUACCAACAACAGCCCCUACCAAGCCAAUCACAUCAGCAACAGUCAUCUCAACAAUAUAUGCAAGCUUUACAGAGAAGACAACAACAAGAUCUGGUUAAUCAAUAUCAGUACAACCAGAUGAAACAUAUGCAAAAUACGGUGGCACAACAGGCUGGUAUGAAUGUGACUAGCACUACAGCAUGGCAACUAUCAAACGAUAUCCCAGCAAACUCAAUGACAAACAAUAUUGUUUCAGGAGCUGAUAUCAAUAAUGAUGUUGGAAACAGGAUCCUUGAAAUGGAUGCCCAAUUACAUUCUUUAAAUUUAAAUCCUCAAUCCGCUGGCUUGAACCAAUUGCCCAAUGAUAAUAUUCUUAACUCAAGUUCCCCAAAUUCAGCAAGGAACCAAAUCAAUAUUUAUGGUCAAGGAGACCGUACCAUGGCCUAUCCGCAACAGGUUGAUGAAAAUUCGCUAGGGAUGAAUAACGUACGAAGACCUAGCUUAACCACUAACAAUGAUAACUUUGCCUUUACUUAA